GGAAGGGCUUUCGCGCUGAUCUCCUGGAUCGACAGCGUAUCUUCUGUUCUUGCGUUUGCCUUUCGGUUUGCACAGGGGUGUGUGGUGACCGCGUGCACGAGCACGGGCGCGGUCUGUCUGCCGCGGGACGUGCUGUCCGGCCCACUCGUGUCCCAGAUGGCCGCGGAGCUGGCGGUGAGAGGGGUGCAGGCCUUCAGGGCGCCCAGCAGGGCCGGGCGCGGAUGCAGGGGGCAGGGGGAGGCAGGCAGGACGUCGUUCCGAAGGGAGGGGGUCAUGGCCUCUCGCCCGCGGGUCCCUGCGUCCACUGGGUCGGUCAAGGCAGACGAUCCUGCUCCCCGGCCCAAGCCUGGCCGCUCCACUGCAGCCCACGGAAGGAGGACCAGGUACAGACUGAAGAGCCACCUGCCUUCCUACUGUGAUGAGUCUCUCUUUGGACCUCCAGCUCAGACGCCAACAUGGGAGCCUCCCUGGGCGGAGAAGAAAGAGGGCAGCAGGUCACAGCCCCUGCUCUGGACCCCCAGCACCUUCAGCACCUGCUGUGCACAGGCUCCCCACGUGACAUCAGCCCACCCUCCCCUGAGCAGCACAGAGCUCGCACCUUAUCAGGGAAAGACAGACUUCUGGAGGAGGCCAGAGAGCGAAGAGGAGGUGGGGGAUACAGAUUGGAGACCCCAAAAGGAUGUAGGGCUCAUGAGAAAGACAAAAUCCGCAUGUGCUGGGCUGGGAGCUACAGAUAAAGGCAAAAGCGCCCAUUUGGCCAGUCUGUGUUUGCCUCAUAGGAGGCCCAAGACCACAGCAUCCAUUAAGGCCAAACCCCCCUGGAAGUAUUAAGCUACUGAAAAACCAGUUGGGACUUAUUCCCCUUUACAUUUGACAAAGGGGCUUAUUAUGUGUAGAGUGUAUAGAUCAAUGGAAUUGUGGACAACUAAUGUUUUGUAAAUGGCAAAAUAAUUUAUAGAUUCACACUUAAACCCAUUUUAACAAGCGUUCACUGUAUUCUUUCGUGGUCACACACUUCUGCACACUUUAUGGUGUUAAAGCAUUGAGAGGAAGCUCUCUCACAGUGCCAUUGUAAACUGCAGUGCCCUCCAGAUUCAUUCGUGAGUCACAGCAUCAUCAUUGCUGAAGCCAGAGAGAUCUUCACAGACUGCAGACAGAUGAUCAUGGGGCUCCAGAUGUUGGGGGAUGGCUAUAACAGAAUCCACAAACAGCUGCAUUAACCCCUUUCCUCUGUGGUGUCCAGUAUUAGACAUGUAAGGCUACUGGUAUAGUGGUCACCCUGUCUGGAAGAGGACACAAGUGUAUCUUGCCACCAUGGGCAGUGAAGAGGUUUGGGACAAAGGUACAGUAACACCUGGAUACCCAAUACACACUGGCUUCUUCAGGAUACAUAGUGUCGAAAACUACCAUGUGAAGCUGCCAGCAUGAAUGUAGUAUUCACAGCUGGGCUGGAAGAAAGAAGUGAAUGACAAAAAGACAAUUUGAAUGACAGUUGAAACAAAUGUCUUGUGGUCAGAUGAAAUUAAACUUGAGCUUUUUGGCUCAUCUGCGUUAUGUCUGGUGUAAAACUGGACGAAGCUGGUGUUGAGAAAACACUCGUGACCACUCUUAUGUUCUGGGAGUCCUGGAGCCCUGGACAAGACAGGGGAAAUGGACUCCAACACAGACCUGGACAUACUGGCCUGACACCUGACUCUUCUGCCAGGAGUACUCAUGUGUGGCCAAAACUGGACAUUCCAGCAUGACAGCGAUCCAGAGCACACAUCCAGAUUGAAAAAGAAAGGUUAAUCACACACAGAACAGACACUGUCGCCUGCCCAUCCCGAUCUCCAGAGCUCAAUCCAGCUGAAGCUCCGUGAUUCCGAUUCAGGAUGGCAGCUCAGUGAGGGAAACCAAAGGGUCUGAAGGGGUGUGAGCAAGUCUGCAUGAAGGACUGGUCAUACAGUGGUCCUGUGAAGUGCCAGGACCUCAGAGCUCACUGCAGGAGGUCUCAUCACUAUAAUUCCUGCCAGAGGAUUAACAGAACACAGACUACAGAAUACAUGACACUCCGAUUCUGGAUGUGGUGGUUGUAAAAAAGUGAAAAAUGCACAAGAAUAGUUAGAAAUGGCAGGAGUAAUAACCAUACCACCAUGCAGCUCAUGGGCUUCAUUGUUUUAAAUUCUCAUAAAUCUUAAAAAGGAAUUAGAAAGGGCUCUCAAAUGUGUUCCAGAUAUUUUCUAACGUGCCUUGUUUCUCUCCUCUAGCAUUUCCUAUCCCAGUGGAUGGGCUGUGGCCUUGGGAUUGCACUGUGCUGGGAUCUUUUUACCAACUGUAGAAGUUUAUUAUAGCAGUAAAUUUAUUAAGAGUAAAGGGAUCCAGAAUACAGCUCUCCUGUAUUCAGCUCCUUUGAGAAGAUUUUAUUUUAAAACGUUUUUUAUUACUAUGAAAAUAUAAUUAAUAUAAUAUAAAUGAUUCCAGAGAUUAUCUUGCAUUUUCCAUGUAUAAACAUUAUGUAUAAAAGGACCAAGAAGGGUCUUAAUAUAUUAGGAAAACUUAUAUUUCUUAAAUAAACAAGGAAUUCUAUUUUAGGAUGGGGUCUUUUCUUGAGUUGCAAAUUAGUUACAUAUUUAAAUGGUUCAACAAAAGAAUAACAAGAAGACAUAAUUUAUGCCCAUAGCAUAACCAAAGCAUUAAAUUAACUGAGCAGCUUUAAAUUAGCUACUGUAAAUAUUUCUGUUACUUGGAGACUCUUCCUGUGUGAGAGUCUUAUUUAUUUGGACAGCAAUGGAAACACGUUUCACAUAGAAAAGAACAGAGCUGGACAAAUAAAUGCGAAGGUUGUUUACUCUGUGGAUUCUGAACCUGCUCUUACUCAGCGUGUCUUAACUUCACUUUGCAAGGACUGCCUUUUAUUCCCCCAUUCACGCAGCUUUCAUUAUUGAGGCCAGUUUUCCCAGAAUAAUUAGAGCAGCCUAAUUGUAAACUUUUAUAGGCUACAGCAAUGUCUGGGGGGUAUAGGACUGCAGUGCUGUCAUGUGAGUUUCCAUAAAUGUCCUGCAGACUGAGGAUCACUUAGGCACCAUUGUGGACAUCUACCAUAUAAUAUAGCUGUUUGUUUCAUGCAAUCACCAAACCUGUAGUAUAGCUAUAUAAAAUAUAUAGAUAUUUUUUCUCUGAAUAAAGUGAUUGGGUGUCACAUUAUUUCUAAAAUGUAUCUCUCUUUUGACAUCCCAAAACACAGAAUGAAACAUUAGACACUUCAGGUGGGGAGCUGCGUCAGGAUGCGUAGGCUGCAUAGGUACAAGUAAUAGGUUUAUUCCAUGCUG